AUGUACUCAUACCCUCAAUACCAUCCUGACUUUUAUGAAAAUCAAGGACAUUGGGAGGAAUUUCAUCAUCCAUUGUCGCCCAAUCAAUAUGAAAUGUACGAUGAAAAUGAUUACUACUAUCCAGAACCUAUUAACAACAAGAGACACGGGCAAUACGAUACUAGCCUCCGCAGAAAACCAGGCACAAUGGAUGAGUACUUCACGCAGCACCCUCUCACACCCAAUAGAUAUGCAGAUACUUACUACCCAGCCCCUGACUAUUAUUACUACGAACCAGCAGAAGACGAGACUAAUGAUAUUUACUAUUACCACCAAAGUCCUCAUCAUCGCCACGGGGCAAGAUCAGCAUCACCAUCAAAAAGGAAAGACCGAAAUAUACAGCACUCUCGGCUUCGCCAUAAAAGUUCUCUCAAGAAGAGUGAAGCGUGGAUACAGCCAACUCCUUUUGUUAAUCCACAACCCAUGAUACUAGAUCCCAUGAUGAACUUACAGCAGCAGCAGCAGCAACAGCAGCAGCAGCAGAUUCUAGGCAUUUGUACUACAGAUGCAAUGAUGCCCGUAAUUCCAAACAAUUUUGGGUUAAUGCCCCAAGCACCCAUGAUCAACCAUACACAACCUUAUUUCAUGCCAUUGCCAUCAGCGAGUGCCAAUUACCCACCCUCAUUUGCAUUUCAUCAUCCACAACAGCAGCAGGCCAUGCUUUCAUUUGUACAGCCUAUGCCACCUCCACUUUUAUUGAAUGAUUUGUUUAAUACCUUGAGCAUCCAAGACAACAGCAACAAGAGCAAGGCAGUCAAUGAAACAGAUCAAACAGGGACCACGAACGCAAAUCAAGAGUCAUCGCCAGCACAGCAAGAACAGCAGCCAAAGACCACACCAUCCACACCCAUGGCACGGCCUAUGCAAGUACCCCUACAACGCAGAAGAUCCAUGAUGGAAACUGUACUCUCCUCAUUUUCCCUUUUAGGGGACAAUCAAAGUAGUACUAAUCUCGCUCACAAAUCAUGGGAUCCAUCCACUUAUGUGUCAUUGAACGAAGCACUGAGACUUGGCACUACUAGUAAAGCAAAUGAUACUGAUGCCAAGAAUGACAGUGCCAUAUCCAGCAGCUUAUCACCACGCUCAGUUGGCUCUGCUCCAUCCGCAGUAGCAGCAUCCAGCACCAAAAAUGAAGAAGGUGGUAGCACCGCACUCUCUAGACGGGAUUCGUUGAAAUUGUCGCAAAAGAUGAAUGCAUUACAAAGCCGACAUUACAUCUGGUGUUACAAACCGCAGAAUGAAGAAGCUGCUUUAUGGGCCGCAUUUGAUGUGAAGAAUCAACGGAAAUUAGAUCAUCAUUAUGCCAAGCUUACAUCAAAGAAGCAGCAAAUGAUCCAACAGCAGCAGCAGCAGCAACAGCAGCAGAAAGAGAAUGACAAUGAUCCAGCGACAGUAGUAGCAGCAGACACGACAGCAACGACGUCGUUCUUACCAGAUGAUGUGAUCACUUUGAGCAAGCAAUCGCAGCUAUGCGGCCCCGUGAUAGUGUCGCUGAAUAAGGCUACGGCAUGGUGCUUUGACAAUGAUUCAUCAUUUUCGUUUGGCUCCAGUGGACAAAAGCAUAUCUUACUGGACAUUGCAUGUCUACCUAGUCAGCAAAAUCGAUUUGUCGUGUCAAAUCAACUGGUGUCCAAAGAUCCGGUAGUAAGAAGAUCAAAAUCAGUGGAUGGCGGAUUGGCCACUAAAUUUAUAAAUUCUGUUUUCAAACGGUAA